AUGGAGGUCAGCGCCGACCAGUCGGUUCAGCUGCCCAUUACCACUUUCGAGUCCAACGUUGUUGGACCACGGGCAAUUUCAAUUCCAACGGUUGUGGGCCUUUUCUUUGGGUCUGGCAGCAAACUCUCACUUUUCGACGCAGGUACACGAUGCAGGCGAAUCCCUGCUUUGGUCUUUGAGAUGGGCCAAAUCAGACGAUUUACGGCCCUCGCAAAUGUGGUCGUAACAGAGACAAGCUGACACAAACACAAGUCUCAAAUCCUCAACAGUUGGACAUGACCGAGUGACGGGCUAUUACCAGCGACGCAAGACGCAAGGAGGCGGGCGG